CUGACCAUUAAAUAUACAAAGAAAUUGAAUUUCAAAAUGUCUUGAGAGAGAGGGAGGAGAGACGGAAGAAGAACACAACCAUAGCCUCCAAACCUCACCCUCUUUACACCAUACCCUCACAGUCCCCCCCCUCUCUCUUUCUCUCCCUUUAUUCCAAAUAAAAACUAAAAAAACGAUCUUUUUGUGUUUCUGUUUAGGGAUCAAAAAGAAAAAGGAAGAAAUUUAUUUAAUGAUUGUUUACUUUUAUUACCAGUAUUGGUUUUAAGUUUAGGUGUGAGAUAUUGAGCUGAUUGAUUUGUUGUAUAUUGUGUAAUUACAUGUUUUGGAUCUAAAAGUUGAAGAAUUUGGAGUGGAUUUGCUAAGUUUGAUUCACUAAUUUUAAAUUUUGGUUAUUUAUUUAUUUAUUUUUGGUAAGAAAUUGAAAGUUUGGGUGGUUCUUUUUGGAGGGUAAGUGAUAGGAAAUUUAGGGGAAUUUGAAAAUUUGAUGGGAGAAGGUGAGGGAAACGAAUUCCCUCCAAAAAAGGCGUCAUCGUCGCAAUCGGAGAGUUUAGAUUUCCCGACGAAGAAGCUAGCCCGACAGCUAGAUUUCACGACGCAAGGUAAUAAUAACAACAACAAUAAUAAUGUUGUUCUUCCAGAACAUCCUCAAUCGCAGCAGCAACCGCCUGCGACGGUGGCGCUGCCACAGGAGCCAGUUGUUGCUCCUCAGCAGCCGCAGGCGGUAGCUAUACCAGAAGCACCACUGCUGCCGCCGCAACCGCCAGUCAGGGCUAUAAAGCCUGAAUCACCAAAAUCAAAGCCAAGACCAAAUGCUGAACUGAAAGACGGCACUCCAAAGAGACAAAAGCAAUGCAACUGUAAACACUCACGGUGCUUGAAGCUGUAUUGUGAAUGCUUUGCAUCCGGUACAUAUUGUGAUGGGUGCAAUUGUGUAAAUUGUUAUAACAAUGUUGAAAAUGAAGCUGCUAGACGAGAAGCUGUUGAGGCCACUUUAGAGCGGAAUCCAAAUGCAUUCAGGCCAAAAAUUGCAAGCAGUCCGCAUGGAACAAGAGAUAGUCGGGAGGAGAAUGGGGAAGGAUUAAUUCUGGGAAAGCACAACAAGGGAUGCCAUUGCAAGAAAUCUGGGUGUCUCAAGAAGUACUGUGAAUGCUUCCAGGCCAACAUUCUCUGUUCUGAAAAUUGCAAAUGCAUGGACUGCAAGAAUUUUGAAGGAAGUGAAGAGAGACAGGCUCUCUUUCAUGGAGACCAUACCAACAACAUGGCAUAUAUUCAACAGGCUGCUAAUGCUGCAAUAACUGGAGCGAUUGGAUCUUCUGGUUAUGUAUCUCCUCCUAUAUCCAAGAAGAGAAAAGGUCAGGAGCUUUUAUUUGGGCCAACAACUAAGGAUCCAUCCUUUCACAGGCUUGGACAUUUUCAACAGGCUGUCCAUAUCAGACCUUCUACAUCUUCUUCUUCCUUGUCCUCCAAUCCCAUUGCACGAGCUGGUAGCAGUGCGACACUGGGCCCUUCAAAAUUCACGUACAGGUCCCUCUUAGCAGACAUUAUCCAACCACAGGAUUUAAAAGAACUUUGCUCGGUUUUGGUGGUUCUGUCAGGAGAAGCUGCUAAGACACUUGCAGGACAAAGAAAUGCAACAGAAAAUCGGGUAGAGGAUCAGACAGAACCUUCCCUUGCUUCAUCACCUCAAGAGAGGUUGCAGAGCCAGAAAGGAGCUGGUGCUGGAAAUAGUAUCGCCCAUGAUUGUUCAAGUGCAAACCAGGCAGACAAAACUGGCCAUGGCAGCUCCAGUUCAGAUGGUGUUGAUGUGCCAAAAGGGAGGCCAAUGUCUCCUGGAACUUUGGCAUUGAUGUGUGACGAAGAAGAUACAAUGUUUAUGACAGCUGCUUCCCCAAAUGGUUUAACAGGGCGUGGCUGCAGCACUACUUCACAAUUUCCCUGUGGACAGGGCAUGACAGAGAUUUACACAGAGCAGGAAAGGAUUGUGUUAACCAAAUUUAGAGAUUGCCUAAAUAGGCUCAUCACAUUUGGAGAAAUAAAAGAAACAAAAUGUUCUUCGUUUGCCAGAACUGAAUUGGGGAAUCCAAAAGAUCCAGUCAGCAAUGGCACAACCAAUGCCAGAGCUGAAGUGGGGAAUCAACAGGUGCCCUAUAGUAAUGGUGUUGGAAGACAUGUUAUUCCACCUACAUCCAAGACAUCUCAGAUGGUUGGUUCUACGGUUGCUACCUCCAGUAAUGAUCUUUCCAGAAUUCCAACUCUACCACAGAAUGGGGAUAAUAAACCAAAGACUUGAAAAGAGAUUCUCUCUCUGACGUCCAAGGUAUGCUUCUAAAAAUUGGUCAUACAACAUCAAUGUUCGUUCUGGCAUUGUCCUCAAUGCAAUCUUAAGGUGGCAUUCGGCCCCAGUGUGGGAACUGACCAGGAUCUGAUUUCUCUCUCACGUCUUUUAAUAUAACAUAGCAGUGUCUCUACUUCAGCCACAAUUCAAGGCCAAGUGGUGUAAAUUGCAGAGCCUUAGAGUUGCACAUGAUAUCAUUUAUUACAUGGCCAUGGCCAUCAUAGAAUGUGUUCUCUAGAUACUAGGAAUUUUCUUGUUCUACUUACACUGUUAGAAACAAAGAGCAAGUUUAUGAAUUUUUCAUGGAAUAUGGAGCCAAGAGUUUGAUCCAUGCAUAACCAGCUUAGAUUUUUAGGCAUGUUGUACCCCACAUCCCAAGAGUAGUUCUCUCAGCAAUCUGUAUGCCACAUGCAUCGCUGGGGUUCUUAAUAGCAUGAAGUUCUCAUUGAAAGGGUUGAACAGUGCUGUUUCCAAAUCAUAAAUGUAUAUUCUUCUCCAAGGGAAAUAUAUUUGUACUCCUUGGAGAACAUUGUAUGGUCUGUGGUCCUAUAAUGCAUGUUUUGAAUGAUAGUAUUCCUAUCGUCUGUUAUAGUUGAUUGGAGUUCUUGUUUUA